AUGUCCGGUCUAGAGCAGCCACAACAAGCUUGUCAGUUUUGCCGUAAACAGAAGCGGAGAUGUGACAAGAGGUUUCCGCAAUGCGGUACAUGUCGCCGAAGCGGCAGGGAGUGCGACUACUCGUCUGUUACUGAGAAGAACGACGAGCUCAACUGGCUACGGACACGCGUCGCUUCCCUUGAAUCGGCCCUUCGGAACGGCUCUUCUGUUACGACCACACGCAACUCGGCCAGUAGCCUAUCCGCGACGAGUUUAGGCAACUUGCGGCCAGUCUCGUCACCUGUGGAGGAAGAAGAUCUGGACAUGGGGAUCGCCACUUGGUCUCCCCGCGCACCGCCCAUGACCCACCACCUUGGAGCUUCUCUGCCGUGCUCAGCUUUCUUUCUCGACAAUCCCGUGUUUCGGCAGAGAGGCAAUUUUCUGACUCCUCCAUUCGUGUCCAUACCGCAGAAACUUCUCGAUGAACUGGGUUCAGCCGCAGAAAUUGAGGAAAUUGCUCAUGUAUACUUCGACAGCAUCCACCUUUGGUUGCCCAUUGUGUCAAAGCGCAGGCUUGGGCGUGAGACUAGGGCGCCUGGAAUGCAGCCAGAGCCAGGGAUCAGCAUACUCCUUGCAGCCAUGAAGUUGCUCUCACAAGUUCCCGGACCUGAACAUGACCCUGCUGGUACUCCUUUGUACAGAUAUGUCAAGGAUUAUUGCAUGACUUUGGAAAGCCGUGGUUUCUUAUCCAUUAGUGUGCUGCAGACAUCUAUUCUCAUCGCUGUAUAUGAGAUGGGUCACGGCAUGUACCCAGCUGCUUACAUGUCAAUUGGGCGGUGCGGGAGACUGGGCCAAGUCAUGGGCUUACAUGACAAGACGCAUGCUUCGCCAUCGAGCCGUCCACCAACAACGUGGGGAGAAAUGGAAGAGGUGAGACGAACGUGGCAUAUCAAUAUCGGGUUCGAGUGCCGACCGCUCUCUGCUGGUGGAUUCUCCGAGGACGAGAUUUUACCCUGUGACACCGAAAGCUGGAACAAGGGAGACCCGGCGCCCAGUUUGCCCCUUUUCGUUGAAUCUGUGACCAAACUAGCAACGGACCACUUCGCACGAACCUGCCAGGUCGCUCAUCUGUUGGGACGUAUUAUCGAUCACAGAGAUGACUGCACCUUGAUGGGGCCGCUUCGGUUCACAACCGCGAUGCAACUGCUACGAACCCUGAAUAGCUUACUGGAACUUCUCAAAGAGGAGCGAGAAGCCGAACAGGCUGGCUCCCUCAAUGUUGCUUAUGCUAUGGCUUUCAGUGCCAAGACAGUUCUUCUCAACAUGUAUGCGUGUACGGAGACGAACAGGCGCUUGAACAGCGCCGAAGAAACCGAGAUGCAGGCACUGGCCCUUGGCGAGUUUCAUGCCAUGGUGGACGAAGUAGUUCAAUUCGCACAAGGGUUGCAACUGUCACAGCCGACCAGACUUGCCACGCUAAGCCCGCUCAUAUGUGAUUGCCUUUAUCAAGGAGCAUCUACAGCAGCGUGGUACCUGAAUGAAAGUGGCAGCGACCAAAUGGCUCGGUCGCUAGAUAUCCUGAACGGAUGCCUCCGUACAAUCCAGAGCAGGUGGCGAGUUGCCCAUGAUUACUUGAUCCUAGUCGAAAGUCAGCGAAACCCAGAGACGUGA